AUGUCUGGUGCCUCGACUCGUUUGUAUGUGGGCCGACUUGCGCCUGAUACGACGCGUGAUGACGUUGCUGAUUUGUUCAAUCGUGUAGGACCGAUUGUCGACGUGCGUGUGCUGAAUGGAUUCGGGUUCAUCGAAUUCGAGGACGUCCGCGAUGCCGAGUAUGCCGUGCGCGAUUUUGACGGCACCAUGUUCAUGGGCGACCGCAUUAUCGUGCAAUUCGCCAAGCAGUCGACGCGUCGUGAGCGCGAUUUUGAGCGUGGACCGCGCGAUGGAUACGCGCCGCGAGGCCGGCGCGAUGGACCGCCGCGUCCACCGCCGCGUCGUGGACCGCGUCGCGGCCAGUACCGCGUGAUUGUGUUUAAUCUGCCGCCAGGUACGAGCUGGCAAGACUUGAAAGAUGUGGGCCGCGAGCAUGGCCACGUCACGUUUGCGGAAAUCAAUCCCAGCUACCCUGACGAGGGUGCCCUAGAGUUUGAGACGAGGGACGACUAUGAACGUGCCUUGGCGCGCAUUGAAGGCACAGACCUGCGUGGCACUCUACUGCGUGCAGAACCGGCGGCCGAUGCCCCGCCACCACCGCGUGAGCGCAGUCCCGUGCGGCGUUACCGCGACGACUACCGCGACGACUACCGCGACGAGCGUCCGCCACCGCCUAUGCGCGACGACGACCAGCGCGAUCGCUGGGACGACGCUCGUCAUAAGGAGGAGCGCGGCGAUGCGCCCCGCGAUGAGAGGGAAGAUCGUUACGAGCAGGCUGACCGCCAUGAGGCGCCUCGUGACGAUGCGCCCGCGAACGAGAGUGAGGCUCGCCACGAGCGAGAGCAUGAGGAGCAAGCCCGCGAGGAAGAGGCGCCUCGCGAUGAGGCGCCUCGCGAGACGCCUCGCGACGCUCCUGAGGACAGCGCAGAAAAGCCAGAGGCCCGAUCGGACCCCGCGCCCACCGCCGAGUCGUAG